UACAACAUGGCGACUGAUUGUGCACGCUUUGUACAGAAAUCUUGUGUCGAUUAUUUAAGAAAAUUAACAGAAACUUGAUCGAAAGAGCUCAUCAUGGCACAGUAAUCAUGGACGGAUAUUAGUUAAGUACCUGUCUGUGUUGCUGUGUGGUGUAUAACGGCUUUUAUUAGCCGGAACAUCGUUCGAAGUGGAGAGAAAACAAGUGAAGAACGUACGACAUCAUGUCGAAGGCUACGAAACGAAAACACGUAACAAAAGAGGUUAUGGAUGAAUAUGUGGAGCCAGAUGAUAAUCAAGAGAUAGUUAAGGUUCUGGGAGGCCGUGGUAAUAACCUUCAUGAAGUAGAAGAUGCUGAAGGGAAGAAGUUUCUUGUGAGCAUGCCAUCAAAAUUUAGAAAGAAUGUCUGGAUUAAGAGAGGAGAUUUUGUUAUUGUUGAGCCAAUAGAAGAAGGAAAUAAAGUCUGUGCAGAAAUAAUUUAUAUUUUAUACUCCAAACAAAUCAAAUACCUAAAAGAAGAAAAGCUUUGGCCAGAAGCUUUUAUKGGUGAAGAAGAGAAGAAAAUCCUAGAAGAAAAAGAAAAUGCACAAACCAAAGAAAACGAGAAAACAAAUAAAGAUAAUAGUGGUUUAUCACGUGGGACUGACAGUGACGAUGACGAUGACUUGUUUGUGAACACCAAUCGACCACCUGCAUUACAGCACUCUGACUCUGACUCUGACUCCAGCUCAGAAGAAGAGGAAGAAGAUGAAAAAGAAAAACUAGGAACAGAUGAGGAGGAGGGGCAGGACAAAUAGAAUGAUGAAAAAAUUCCUAUGUAAUUAUUAUGACGACAUCAUGUAUAUCAGACUUGACAUAUGCAAUUUUGAAACUUGGCAUUAAACUCUAGAAUUGUAUGAUACCUUCUUAAGUUUAGAAUGCAAAUGCAUAUUUUAUGUUUGAUAUGCUUUGCUAUGUGAAGUUGAAUAAAAUAGAUAUAUUAAAAAAA